GAUAGCCCCAGAGAGAGAGAGAGAGAGAGAGCACCCACUCGGAGACCACCUAACCUACACACAUUCGCAGUUCUAGGGUUUCGCUGCCGAUUAGGAAACAAAAUGGGAUCCGCCGCAGGAUUAGAACCCGACCCUCCCACCAACGAGACUAAACCAACUUCUUCUUCGUCUUCCUCUGGAAUGACAAAGAAGAAGGGUAAAAAAGCUUCCCAAAAGGAAGCACCUACUGGCCGUAGAGGUAGGAAGCGAAAUCUGCCUCAGAGUGGUGAAGAGCCUGCCCAGUCUCGCAAAAUGCCCAAGCGUGCUGCUGCAUGUAUAGACUUUAAGGAGAAGUCUGUCCAUAUUACUGAUGAGUCGGAUCUCAUCACAAGCAAGGAGGAACAGAUUGUGCCAGAAGAAGGUCUUGCUGUACGCUUGACUUGUGGCAAGGACCCAGAUAAUGAGAAGCCAAGCAGAAGACUGACUCAAUUUAUCUUGCAUAGUGAAGAUGGUACUGCAAGACCACUUGAGAUGGUGGAAGCUGGCCUGUUUAUAACUGGCACUAUAUUGCCUCUUCGUGAAAGUACUGAGAAGGACAAGGACAGCAGUAUUAAAUGUGAAGGUUUUGGGCGAAUAGAUGCUUGGAAGAUCUCUGGUUACGAUGAGGGCUCUCCAAUAAUAUGGCUUUCAACUAAAGUUGCCGAUUAUUGUUGUGUUAAAUCAGCAAUUGGCUACAAGAAGCACUAUGAUCUCUUCUUUGAGAAAGCGCGUGCUUGCAUAGAGGUGUACCAGAAACUUUCAAAAUGUAAAUCUGGCUGUAGUCUUGAAGAAUUACUUGCUGGAGUUGCUCGAUCAUUGAGCGGAAGCAAAUUCUUUUCUGGCAGUGCAUCUAUCAAAGAAUUUGUCCUAUCUCACGGUGAGUUUAUCUAUAAACGAUUGAUAGGUUUGGAACAGUCAUUGAAGAAGAAUGAUCAGAUAUUGGCACAGCUGCCUGUUCUCACUGCCCUCAGAGAUGAGUCUAUAAACCAUGGAUAUUAUGAGCAAUCAGAACCAGUAGCUUCAAGUGCUACCUUAAAGAUUGCUUCAGAUAUCAGAGUUGGAGGGAAUGAACUGAGAACAACCGGUUCAUCCAUAGUUGAAGCUGAGGAAGAUGAAGACGCAAAGUUAGCUAGACUGCUGCAAGAAGAAGAAUGCUUUAAGUCUAUGAAACAAAGAAAACGUCAGGGUGCUACCUCCACGUCGAGUAAAUUCUACAUCAAAAUUAAUGAAGAUGAAAUUGCUAAUGAUUAUCCUGAACCUCAAUAUUAUGACAAUUCCAUUGAAGAGACGGAUGAGUUUAUUGUUGUUGACAGUGAGGCUGGUGAUCUUCCCACACAUGUGCUUGAUAAUUGGUGUCUGUACAACUUAGACUCGAGACUGAUUUCGUUGGAGCUUCUUCCAAUGACAGAUUGCCCAGAUAUUGAUGUUACAAUUUUUGGGUCAGGGGUUAUGAGUGAAGAUGAUGGAAGCUGUGGCUUUAAUCUCGAUGCUGACAGUAUCCAGUCUUCUUCAAGUGGUUCAGGGGCACCAAUAGCAGAAGAUGCUUAUGGCAUCCCAAUUUAUUUGAGUGCCAUAAAGGAAUGGGUGAUAGAAUGGGGAGCAUCAAUGAUCUCAGUAUCAAUUCGAACAGAGCUGGCCUGGUACAGACUUGGCAAGCCAUCGCAGCAGUAUGCUUUGUGGUAUGAACCAAUACUGAAAACAGCAAGGGUUGGGAGAAGUAUAAUCACUAUGCUCAAGGCUGAACGUCGAGUAGCACGGCUUUCUUUUGCAGAUGUCAUUAAACGAUUGUCAGAGUUCCCAAAGAACCAUGGUGGUUACAUUUCUUCUGAUCCAGCAUCUGUUGAGAGAUAUGUGGUUGUACAUGGAGCGAUAAUAUUGCAGCUGUUUUCACAGUUUCCAGAUGUGAAGAUUAAAAAAUGUUCAUUUCUUGAUGGUCUUCGAGACAAAAUGGAGAAGAGGCACCAUACUAAAUGGGAAGUAAAGAGCAAGAAAAUUUUGCAGAAGAGUGAAUCAAAUUUGAACCCACGGGCAUCAAUGGGACCUGUGGUUUCCAAGAGGAAGGCAAUGCAGGCUACAACAACAAAGCUGAUCAACAGAAUUUGGGGGGACUACUAUUCAAAUUACUCUCCAGUAGAUUCAAGCCCAGGAGCUACUUGUGGAAAGGUAGAGGAGAAUGAAGUCAUAGAAGAGGUCCAAGAGGACAUAGAAGAGUAUGAUGUAGAUGAGAAUUCAUCAGUAAUGGAACAAGCCCAAAGGUCUUCUGCAGUUUCAAGAAAGCCUAAAGCAUGCUUCAGCAGCAGUGAGAUUUUGUGGGGUGAGGAGCCUGUGGGAAAAACCUGUUCUGGUGAAGCUCUCUACAAGCAUGCCGUUAUUCGUGGAGAUGAGAUCUCUGUGGGUGGUGCUGUUUUUGUGGAAAUUGAUGUAUCAAAAGAUCCUGUUAUCUAUCUUGUUGAGUACAUGUUUGAGACGUCAGAUGGAAAGAAGAUGUUCCAUGGGAGAAUGAUGCAGAGAGGAUCUGAGACUGUUCUUGGAAACACUGCUAAUGAGAGAGAAGUGUUUUUAACUGAUGAGUGCGUGAACUUGGCAUUGGAGGAUGUGGAACAGACUGUUGUUGUGGGUAUCCAAUCAAUGCCAUGGGGGCAUCAGUAUAGGAAGGAGAAUGCCGAUACUAAUAGAAUUGAUAGAGCAAGAGCAGAAGAGAGGAAGAAGAAAGGAUUGCCAACAGAAUAUUACUGUAAAAGCCAGUAUUGCCCUGAGAAAGGUGCUUUCUUUAGUCUUUCUCAUCAUACUAUCGGUCUGGGUUCUGGUUUUUGCCACUCUUGCAAAGUUAAUGAAGAUCAAAAGGCCAAGGAAGUCUUUAAAGUGAAUUCAUCAAAGACUGGUUUUGUAUACAGUGGAGCUGAGUAUUUCAUUCAUGAUUAUGUCUAUGUAAGCCCCUAUCAUUUUUCUGUGGAAAGGAUUGGGACUGAGCUUUUCAAGGCUGGGAGGAAUCUGGGGUUGAAAGCUUAUGUUGUGUGCCAAGUGCUGGAGAUAAUUACUGCAAAGGAAUAUAAACAACCUGAUAUGAAGUCUACCCAGGUUAAAGUUCGAAGGUUUUUCAGACCAGAGGACAUUUCAGUAGAGAAGGCGUACUGCUCUGAUGUCAGAGAGGUCUACUUCAGUGAAGAAACACACAUUAUCCCUGCUGAUAGCAUAGAAGGAAAAUGUGAAGUUAGAAAGAGGAGUGAUCUUCCAGAAUGUGAUGCUCCUGCAAUGUUUGAGCAUAUUUUCUUCUGUGAGCAUUUAUAUGAUCCUUCUAAAGGGUCUCUUAAGCAGUUACCAGUUCACAUCAAGGUGAGGCACUCAGCAGUUGGUGGUGAUGCUGAAUCUAGAAAGAAAAAGGGCAAGUGCAAAGAAGGAGAAGAUGUUCCAGAAGUUGAGAAACAGAGAGAUGAUUCUGAACACAAACGCCUAGCCACUUUGGAUAUAUUUGCUGGAUGUGGUGGCCUGUCAGAAGGUUUGCAUCAGGCUGGUGUUUCAGUAACGAAGUGGGCAAUCGAGUAUGAAGAGCCGGCUGGACAGGCUUUCCAACUCAACCAUCCCGAGUCCAAGGUGUUCAUCAAUAAUUGCAAUGUCAUUUUGAAGGCCAUCAUGGACAAAUGUGGAGAUAUGGAUGAUUGCAUCUCCACUACAGAAGCCAAUGAUUUAGCCUCAUCACUUGAUGAGAAGGUGAAAGGCGUUUUGCCCUUGCCGGGGCAAGUGGACUUUAUUAAUGGAGGCCCUCCAUGCCAGGGUUUUUCUGGUAUGAAUAGAUUUAAUACCAGCACUUGGAGUAAAGUCCAGUGUGAAAUGAUAUUGGCAUUCUUAUCCUUUGCUGAUUACUUCCGGCCAAAAUACUUCCUCCUGGAGAAUGUGAGGAAUUUUGUGGCUUUUAAUAAAGGACAGACAUUCCGUCUGACUCUGGCUUCACUUCUUGAGAUGGGUUAUCAGGUGAGGUUUGGUGUUCUGGAAGCUGGAGCUUAUGGGGUUUCUCAAUCCCGAAAGCGUGCAUUUAUCUGGGCAGCCGCACCAGAAGAGGUUCUUCCAGAUUGGCCAGAGCCAAUGCAUGUUUUUGGUGUGCCAGAGUUGAAGAUCAAUUUAUCCGGGAACUCCUAUUAUGCUGCUGUUCGAAGUACUGCAACCGGUGCCCCAUUCCGUGCCAUAACAGUAAGAGACACAAUUGGCGAUCUUCCAGGUGUAGGCAAUGGAGCUUCCAAGAUCAAUUUGGAAUAUGAAAGUGACCCUGUCUCGUGGUUCCAGAAGAGAAUCAGAGGGAACAUGGCUGUUUUGACUGAUCACAUUUCGAAAGAAAUGAACGAGCUGAACCUCAUCCGAUGCAAGAAGAUUCCCAAGAGGCCAGGUGCAGAUUGGCAGGACCUUCCUGAGGAAAAGGUGACGCUCUCUACUGGUCAAAUAGUGGACUUGAUACCAUGGUGCUUGCCCAACACAGCGAAACGCCACAAUCAGUGGAAGGGCCUGUUUGGAAGGUUGGACUGGGAAGGCAACUUCCCAACCUCCAUCACAGAUCCUCAGCCAAUGGGUAAGGUGGGAAUGUGCUUUCAUCCUGACCAGGACAGAAUUCUGACAGUUAGGGAAUGUGCUCGAUCUCAAGGCUUUCCUGACAGCUACCAGUUUUAUGGCAACAUUCUUCACAAGCAUAGGCAGAUUGGAAAUGCUGUUCCUCCGACUCUGGCUUAUGCUCUGGGCAGAAAACUCAAGGAAGCAGUGGAUAGCAAGAAGAAGUCUUCUUCACAAGAUUAGUUGCAGAGGUGUAGUUUCCAGUGUUAAUAAUAAUGCAUGUUGUUUUGUGGUUGUUCUGUUUACUUUCCUUUUGUAACUGUAGACUUAAAUACCAUUAUAUCUCAAGUCUCAACUAUCAUAUGUUAUGCAUAAUGUACUUCAUUGUUAGUCAUUUACCUUGGGCCAAGAAGGAGGUUUUUUGUAACAUUAGUGUCAUUGUUGUUCAGUUUUUCUUCAUAUACAAGAUCGCGCUA